AAAAUCGAAGAGAGUAAUGUUUUUAGUGCGGCUAAAUAACAACGUACUUAAUUAAUACUAGUACAUUCCAUUAAAACGACCGACUUCCUUGACUUCCUAUAAGACUCCAACCCCAUACCACAACCCUCACAACAACGACUAGUAGGCCAAAUUAAGCUAAGGCCCAAAGUGAUAAGAUUGAUUGAAGAUUCAUUUAUAGCAAAAGCCACACCAUUUCAACCACCUCAACAAAGCAAAUUAAAUCCUUCUUUAAUUCCUUAAACAAUAACUACAACAAUAUAUACUUCUAGUAGCUACUAUUAUUGUUCAUUAUUUCUUCUUAUUAAGUUAUUAGACUUUGUAGUAUAGUAAAAGAUUCACAAAAAAAAAAUAAAAAAUGUGCGAUUAUAAUGAAGUGAAGAAAGAGGUGGUGGUGGAAGAAAGAUAUUGUUAUGAGGAAGAAGUAGAGUUAACCGUGCACAAAACUUCAAUGUUUAACCAAGGAGAUGGGUUCAUAGUGUAUGACUCGAAGGGUGAUAUCGUCUUUCGAGUUGAUACGUGCUCUCCGACUAAGAAUCGCCUCCUUCUUAUGGAUACCUUUGGCAAGCCCCUCCUCACUCUCCUCCCUAAGAGGCCUACACUUCAUCAUAGGUGGGAAGGAUUCUUGGGAGAGAAAUCCAACGAUCAACAACAACUACAACCAAUUUUCAACAUAUGGAAGUCAACCUUAAUCGGACGGUCGAGCUUAAACGUGGAAAUCAACGGUGGAUCUCAUGCAAAAUACCAAAUUGAGGGAUGUUUCAGUGAGAGAAGUUGCACCAUAUAUCAUGUAACAUCAUCAGAUCAUGGUGAUGCAUUGACAGAAUCAGUGGCUACGAUUAAACGUAAAGUGGAGCCCACAAGAAAAAUAGUGUUAGGAAGAGAUGUUUUUAGUCUUGUUCUUAAGGCUGGUUAUGAUGCUGCUUUUGUUAUGGGCUUAGUUUUGGCACUUGAUAGAAUUGAUGGUGAUGAUGUUGUUGCUCCCAUUGAAUGUCACAAUAAGGACAUUGAUGCAUAGGAUUGGUAAAAUUGUUUGUUACUCCGUUGAGGAAAUUUUAUUUUUCCAUCGGAUGCACAUGUGAAAAUCUUAUCAGUUUCAUUUACUAUUUUUUCAAUUUCAAUCAA